GAUUCCUUGCUUAAAUCCUUGAACAAUCUUGAUAUUUUAUAGAUUUAACGAUUUAUGCUGACACUCUGACAAGAAGAAUUUUGAUUGCCAGAGCCACCGAGAAAGGCUUUGACACGAUUCCUUUCGACAGCAAAGGCGCACACUGACUAUUUAAUAAAAGGAAUGAAAAGUAUGUCAAGGGAAGUGAGCUCAGAUUGCUUGGGGUAUGUCGUAUCUAUGUAUUGCCAGCAUGCCAACAUACAUAAUGCAUAAAAUGAGAUGCACCCAGUUCAUCAAAGUGUAAGAACCGAUUGCUUGUAUCAAAUGUGUGGACUAUUGUACGAAUGACAUUUCUUGGUGGAACCCUACUCUUAUGCCGCUGGUACUCCUAUUCUGCGUUGCUGGGGCUGGAGAUUCGUAAACAUUUAGUUUUGUCCGAAUGCUGGCUCGCUCUUGUGGCCGGUGGAGGAUGCGUGGCCGCACUGCACUGCAGAGCUGCCAAAAUAAAAAGUAAGUUGGACUUCACUCCACCCGAUCGUCCCAACGCUCACACAAUAAAACAAAAAACUGGAACUUCCUUUUGAUCCAAAGACAAGAGACUAUAGCUAUUAUAGAAGAAGAAGAUGUCCUCCUCCAACCUUGGAUCAUACGACUUUGACGUGCCACUGGAAGGGGUGGACGGCACAGAAGAAGACAAGCUAGACAUGCGCCGCAGCGCCAUGAAGAAACCAGGUCAAUCUCGAUCCGCUCAGAACAGCAGUAUGCUAUUGAAGGUUCACUUUGACGUAGUCCACUUGCGCGAGUACGGAAUGGUGCUAGGCGAAAACCCAGCCGUCUCCCAUGGCGCUCCGGUGCAACUCGAUUGGGACACACAAGAAGAACACGAUCCCGUGCCAAUCGACAAUUACGAAAAAGCACGGUCGCUGUGGAGAGCCAAAGAUAGAAGGGGCUUUCUCAUGAAUGCGCACAAACGGGUCAAAAUUCUCUUUGCCGCUGGCUACACGAUUGACGAAAUUGCCAAGGCCACCAUGGAAAUGAAAGAAUUACGACAAUUGAGAGCCGAAUCACUCAAAACACAGGGACUCGUCACUUCUGUCAUUAUGGGAUUACUCUCGGGAGCUGCGGAAACUACUGGAAAUACUGUACGCGCUGUUACUAUUGUACCUGGAGCCAUGGCCGGUGCUGGAUUGGCCAUGGUCAAUGGAACUUCCAAAGCCGUUGUGGGAGUGGGCAGUGAAGUCGUUGGUCUUACCAGUCGCGUCGUCAAUUCCACGGCCAUGGCGGCCAAAAAAUCCGGAUCGAUUGUUACCGGUGUUGCAUCCGAGGGAAUCAAAGGAACCGCCAAUGUUGUUGUGGGGUCCGGAAAAUUACUCGUCAAGGGUACCACCGGAUUAACCACUGGAGUCGUCAAGGGUACCGCCGGUGUCGUCAAGGGUACUGGUAAAGUCAUGGCCAAAACGGGUGGAGUCGGAAUGGAUGUCGUCAAGGGUACCGGUAAUGUCAUGAUGGGGUCCACCAAAGCCGUUGCCAAAGGAACGGGAGUGCUCUUUGCGGGAGUUGGUCGCACUGGUAAGGUUGGAUUGGAUAUGAUGACGGGCACGGGUCGUAGAAUAUCCAAAUUGGUCACCGGCAGUAUGGAUUCCAGUAGUCAUCAGGAACGAAGAAAUCGCAUGUCCGAAUUCAAUUUUGGUGGAUUGUUAGGAAUGGAUUCCAGUACGCGCAGUGAAUUUGAAGAAGAUGAUGAAAUGAAUACCAGCCGAAAGAGCACCGGCGGGCUCCUGACGCCACGCGGUAGAUCUUCCAUGCCGGUACCCAAACUUCCAAAACCAACAAUCCUCGGACGGCAAGUGUCGCUGGAUGCGGGACGUGGUCGAAGUGCCGAACGCGGCAGACGGGACCUAGAUUUGAGUGAUGAAAUGCGAGAAAUGCAAGAUUUCCUUGUGCAGUUGGAGGGAAUGGACAAGAAUCAGGUACAAGAAAUUAUUGCCCAUGAAAAGGAACACAAAAAGCAUUCUCCCACCAAAACAAAGAAGUCGUACGAGAAAUCUCCCCUUGACGACAUGCACAGUGUUCCUCCGCCACCCUUGCCGGCACAACGCGCUGCUUCCACGUCGGUGGUCAGCGGCGGUAAAAACCGAAGAGCAACCACAAUGGAAGCCGUGCCCGAACGGGCACUCAGUCCUUCCAAAUGCGGUGGUGGUGGUGGUUCCAAGAGAGCGGUAUCCGCCGCCGUGACACCGUCGGUGCGCAGCAAUAUGCAGUCCAUUCGGGAUAGUGUGCAGGGAGACGACGAAGAAUUCUAUGACGCCGAAGAUCACGUCGCAGGAAUACCGCCACCCAGUGGACGAGCCCCGUCGCCGCCACCACCCAUGCCACGAAAACCAGGAAUUGCCAAGAGAGCCGUAUCCGCCGCCGUGGCGCCAGUCGCUCGAACCAAUAUGCGUGCCGUCAAAGAGAGUUUGGAUGGACACAGCAUGCACAAUACAAGAUAACCUCACAGUACUGUAGGUACACACACGACAACCUCGCCGCUGCAUAACAAGAAAAAAGAAAAAAGAGAAAAACGCGCAAAAACAAAAAAAGACAUGGCCAUUCGUUGUUUGGGAAACUUGCUGGAAGAGUCUACGUAAUUUAUUGAUGUUCUGCAUACUGAUAAAAAUCAAACAAAAAACAAAAAUCCAAACAAGCAACAUGCGUUGGCCGCACUCGAAUCGAAGCGCUAUUCAUUGUUGCCGAGACAAGAUUGUGAAUUUUCUUGGGUUUGUCAUGUUUGCUUCUCGUUCCCUGUGAUGUCCACGCAAUCUCCAUGGUGUUUCCGAUCCGUUUGGUUUCAUUUCAGGGGCAGCCCGAAGAAUCGCAAAAAUGGGAGUUUCCGUUGGCCUGGGGAGAGCUAUUUGGAGGACUGUUUUCUAUCGUCGUUUCUCUCUCUGUUAGACUGUUUCAAUCAACCAGUAGAGCAUGCUGUGGAACAUAGCAAGGUCCGUGGCUCGAAAUGGCGAGAUCGCAGGAGCCAGCUAGCACGUGGAAUGAGUAUGUCAGUACCCGACGACAGCUCAGCCGGUGGGACGAGUAUUCACUUGGGUCCAUGGUUGCAUUGGAUGCCACGAUCGGAGAGGCUCUGGCAACAGUCUCAAGAAACCGCUAC